CUAUUUUAAUGGAGUUUAACCAUUUUAAUUCCUUUUCCUAGUUUGAAGCCCUUAUUUCCCAGAUGUGAAUGAAAGGGAAAGAGCAGCAUUUUGGCCCCUUUUUUGAGGCCAUUUUUAGGGGUUUUGCCCCUAUUUCCCAGUCCCAUUAUAAAAUGAAUUACGGGUAUCCCUUUAAGUCCCUGUAGCCCUUCCUUUUGUGGGAAGGUUUACAGAAUCUUUUAAUAAUCUAAUGAAAGUGAUGGACCCUCUCCCCAGAAAAAAUGCAUAUACAUAGAUAAUUUUGCAUACAAUUUCAGGGGUAUCACACAUCUUCUGAAACCCAACUCUGUAGAGGAAAGUUUAAUGCAACUAAUUGAGACAAUUCAAAACUAACUAUUGGCUAAAAACAUGGCAGAUUGGAAUAAUUGUUAGAUGGUGGCCCCUACUAGCAAAAUGUGACAUUGCAACCAGCUUUAUUAGACUUGAUAACAGCCAGACAGAAGAAAAAGAAGCAAAGUUCUGAGAGCUAUUUAUCAGGAGUCAAGGCAUCUCUAAACAUGGGAGCCAUUCCUAUGGUUCGAGGCAGGGGUCAGGGUGCCUGACAGCUUCUAGCAGGGUAGAGUUUGAUAAACCACAAUGCUCAGGAUGCCAAGGGGUUAGCCAUUAUCUUAACCCCUUCCUCACCAAAAUAUUUUAGUUUUGCUAUUGGAAAACAAGAUGUCACUAGGAAAAAAGAUUUGCCUUACAGUUUUGCUGGAACACAUCAGUUUGGUGACAUGUGGGACACCAGUAUUAUUUUUGAGAAGGUGCAUAAAACCAAAGUAAAUUAUUCUCUAUGUAGAAUAUUAUUUACUAGUAAUACUUGUUUUGAGUGUUUUAUCUUUGAAAACAUUUUACCAGUAGUUAUUGGUUUUAUUUAAAACUGGGAACCCAGUUUAUUAAUAGGGUCGUUCAUCUGUUCAUUCCCCCAUGUAAAGAAUAGUUUAAAGAUUUAUGCAUACAUUUUUACUUUAAUUUCUUAACAUCAUGGGUGGGGUGGGGGUGGGGAAUCUUUGAAUCAGUAACUCACCAAAUGUCUUUUCCAAAUUUAAAAAUUGAGGAGCAGCACUUUAAGUCUAACUCUACACCAUUUUAGUGCAUGUAUUAGUUUUAAUGAUUUUUGGUGCAUGUCUUUGGGCUUAUUCAAAAGUGUACAAUAGGAAAGUAUAUUUCCUUUUUUAGAAAGGAGAUGUUUUUUCUACUUUACAACAUGUGAUUACAAAGAUCUUCCUCUGUAGGAAGAUUAACCAUGUAUUGAACUACUGAAAAGUAUAUAUUUUUAGAUAUACAGAAGGAAUCUACAUGGUGCAGCAUUCAGACCUAUGUAGAAGUCAUAGCAUUCUGUAUAGGGCCAAAACAGAAGUAACCUUAAACACUUUAACAGACUCGUUGGGUAGAAAUACCUUUAGAUCUUGCAUUGACUUCCAAAAAGAAAAUGCCACAGAAGUUUGCUAAAACUUUUGUUGUUUGAAUAUUCUCUGUCAGUGUAUUUAGCCCAAACACAACUGCUUUGGGUUUGCACAUACGUAAGAAUCAAACAAAACAAAAGCUAACUAAAUAGAUCAGUCUGGUAUGCCAAUCCAGUUUGACUGAAACAAGUAAACUAAUCACCCACUUGCAACAUGAAAAACUGUCCAACUCCUCUAAGGUUUGAUAAAAGAACCUUGGCUGAUGUGGGAAGACUCCCACUUCAAUUUCUGACCUGACAGUGAAGAUUCAUGCUUGACAUGAUUUCAAACCUGACAGUGUCUGUUUAAGGAGAAAUGGUACAGUUUGCUAAUUCAAUCCCAGAUACCUGUUGAUUACCUGUGAGAUCUAGAGUCCAAAGUAGCCAGCAGCCGUAUCCGAGUACUCUGUGCCCAUCAGUUCUCUUUAAGUAAGCAGUGUUGGGUCGGGUCACACAGCUUGAAUGAAGUGACCUCAGGUGCUGUAGACAGCCCUAGAUUCAAGAAUUGUAUCUGCUUGCUUGGGAGUCAUCAUUAAACUAAUGUCCCACGUGGUGUUACUCUCUUGGAGGAAGCCCCAGAGUGUACAUCCCAAUUGCUGUGGUAUUCAGAGAGGGGGUGCUAACUCUGAUGCCCUAGCCAAAUUCCAGUUUAGGGAUGUGGGUCUUAUUGCCAUUCUAAUUGGAAACGUGCGUCACUUCCCGUUUUUCCUGUUGAUCUCAGUGCAAACUGCAUUAGUUUGUCUCUUUGCCCCGGUCCCAAGUCCCUGAGAUGCUGGUGUGUGUUAUACAGGCCAAGUUCAUGCCUAACCCGAAUGCACAAGAGUUGAGCAAUGAGUGAGCUCAGUGUCAAAGCACACUACUUGGAAAGUGGACUCUUGUGACUGUUUGAUGGGUGAAAAUGGUCCUCUUUUAACGUAAGUUGGGGAAUGGGCGCUGUAUUGGCUGGAGGCUUCCAGCCAUGAGGUGUGAGCUGAAACCUAUUUUCCCUCUUUUCUUAUGACAUUUUGAGAAAAUCUGUUGGGAUUUCAGCAGUCAGGGAAGGCCGGAGUUCUGCAGCUUUAUUCUGGGUAACUGAGGCUGGUUUGAGCAAGACUUUGGUUAGUUAACUGGGUCCUCAGAUGCACAGACUCCGUGAGAAGUCACCAUUAUUUUCAAUGGUUGUGGCAGAUUUUCCCUCUAGUAGCCAUUAUUUUAAGAUUAUAUUACAGAGUUGCUUUAUUUUGAGCUUUUCAUGUAAACACAAUCCCAAACUGGAAGAAAAAUAAAUAAAAUAAGGAAUCCUGCUGUGAAAGGUAUAUAUUACUCUAGAUUUUUCUUACUGUAAAUAUUGUAAGAUUGUAAUACUGUCAAUAUUUUAUUAACCAACAAAUGUUAAUCUAUGUGAAUUCAGACUUAUUUUAAAUGUGCUUCUUAUUUACUGUGUGUGGUCCCUGUUGCUGACAGUAUUAAGUUAUAUUCUGAUGUAAGAUUAACUUUAUUAAAGAAUGUAAACAUUAAUGUUUCCUUAUGGGAAAACAAAUAAAGUAUAAAGAAGACAAUUCUUUUCAUUGAAAUAUACUGUGUAUUUACACUUGCUAGACCCAGCACCACUUAUAAAUUUAGUACACUGUUCAGAAGUUUAGUUAACACAGCUGACAUGGUUGUGCUCUAUUUGAAAAUCUAAAAGUAGGUAUUGUUGGAACAUAAACAGUUUGUAUUUGUCUGCUGUGAAUCAUAAUCUUGAAAUUUCUAAUCAAGUUUGUAAAAUUUUUAUAGUCAAACAUUUUAAUGACAAUUUAAAAAUUUAUCUUCUCUAAAGAAUGGUCAAAAAUAUCCUUUCGAAAAUUGAAUUGUUCUUUAAUAUCUUUCCAAAAUGACUUUGGUUAAAUGGACCAGAUGUACAUUGGUUAAAAUUUAGGACAAAAUUGUUGAUAUUCUUUGAGUUUAUAAGUUAAUCCUUAUUGGAGAUGUGCCAAUAUACAGUAGAAUAUCAUUAAUUUGCACUGUUUGGGGACCCCAUUGAGAAUGCUGAAUUUUGCCAACUAAGAAGUAAGCAAAUGCAAUUUAAAAAGUAAAUUUGAGCAUUCUGUAUUAAAUAUGUGCAGUUAUUAUCACAUGAAGAAGCGCAGUGUGUCGGGCUGUAAUAUAACCAUACUUGCUGUCAUGUUCUCCCAUCUCAGUGCUGGGAACUCACCAUGUGGAAACCAAGCAAAUGUGUUGUGCAUCAGCCGGCUUGAGUUUGUUCAAUAUCAAAGCUGAAACUAGCGAGGUCUGCUGUACUGCUUAUUGAAGUAUUGUGAUUCUUUUAGGCAUUGAUUCUUACAAAAUAUAUACUGUAACAGUAUACUUUGUACAGAUUUAAAUUUUAUUUGAAAAAAUGAAAUAAAGUAGGCAAAAAAUAAAGAUGUUUAUUUUUCAUGUGA